AAAUAAAUGUACUUAGAAUUCAACGCCGUUAUAGAACUCGCUCAACCGUCUCAACGGGGGCGGGCGCCUUCACUACAUUUUCAAGUUUUCUACACGACGGAACAAAUCUUCCAGUUUCGAUUUUUUCUCAAUCGCAGAAGUUUUCUACGAAUCGGAUUGAUCUGCUUUGGGAGCUCCAAUGGGUUUGAGAAAUUGGUUCUCCUUUUGUUCCCCGGCGAGUUUUCGGAACAUGUUUCAGGCUACAGAGAAUGAGAUUGAGCUGGGAGGCCGGUAUACGAUUAAGACUCAUGGAAGACAGCUUGCGAGAAGUCAUAAGCACGACUGGCUGAUACUAAUACUGCUCGCUGCGAUAGAGAUAACUUUGAAUAUCAUUCACCCAUUCUAUCGUUUUGUUGGGGAAGGCAUGAUGACGGAUCUCAGAUAUCCUAUGAAGGAAAACACGGUGCCAAUAUGGGCAGUUCCGAUGUAUGCAGUCUUGCUGCCUAUUGCUGUUUUUGUUUUUUACUAUCUUCGGAGGGGAGAUGUGCACGAUCUGCAUCAUAGUGUUCUAGGUCUCUUAUUUGCUGUGCUCAUAACUGGAGUCCUCACGGAUGCAAUAAAAGAUGCAGUUGGCCGACCACGGCCUGACUUCUUUUGGCGUUGCUUUCCUGAUGGAAAAGAUGCAUAUGAUUGGUGGGGUAACGUGGUGUGUCAUGGUAAAGAUAGUGACAUAAAAGAAGGGCACAAGAGUUUUCCAAGUGGGCAUACUUCAUGGUCCUUUGCAGGCCUUACUUUCCUAUCACUAUACUUGGCAGGAAAAAUCAAAUGCUUUGAUAGCAAGGGGCACGUGGCCAAACUGUGCCUAAUUAUUCUUCCUCUUCUCGUUGCGUGUCUUGUUGGUAUAUCCCGUGUGGACGACUACUGGCAUCACUGGCAAGAUGUGUUUGCUGGGGGUCUCAUAGGUCUCGUAGUUGCUACUAUGUGCUACCUGCAGUUCUUCCCAGCUCCAUAUCACUCUGAAGGUUGGGGUCCUUAUGCAUAUUUCCAAGCACUUGAGGAGUCGCGUUCCACAGCCCCGCCCACUGGUAACGGUAUCAUCAUGCAACGGACUGCAACAAACAGUAACAACCGUGUUGAUCAAAAUUGGGAUUCUAGUUUUGAUGCAAUGGAGUCUGGAAGAAGGUAGGCUAUAGAGAUUUUUUUUUAUCCCCUGUGAAUUACUCUCACUUAGGUAGUUAAUUAGUAUGUUACAUUUUGGUUAUGCGAGUAUAACUUUUGAAGAUGUUCUAUGACGAUAUAUAACACUGAUUUGGUUUUAUUUUUAUGAAACUGUAUUUUUUAA